AUAAGAUACACUUUUGAAUUUAAUCACAAAAUAAGCCUUGAUUGUCAUUCAACAUGGAUACAAGACUCAAGUCCUUUGUCACAUUCCUCACUCUUAUUCUUCUUCUUGUUUCCUUGUUUGUCACAGAAGCCAGGCCCUUACUUAGUCCUUUACAAGACAAAGAAGGUGUCAUUGGAGAGGUAAAUGGAGUCUUCAGGACAUUGAAAGAAGCUGGUCCAUCCCCUGGUAUUGGACACAGGCUUAAAAAGCUUCAAAAUCUUGGAGGGAUUAAGGAUUCUGGUCCAAGCUCUGGUGGUGUUGGACACAUUAAGGUUCAAAAUUUUGAAGGCCACAAGAUCAACACAAUUCAAGUUCUUGGAGUGAUUAAACAUUCUGGUCCAAGUCCAGGGGAAGGGCACAGACACUAGUACAUAAUAACCAUUCAUAAUGGUAUGACUAAUGAGAAAUAAUUAGCAUUAGUCCAUAUGUAAUUGAUUAUACACAAAAUAUUCAUGAAGUAUACUUGAUAUUAGCUACUAUUGCUUUUCAAAAGAAAAAUAAGUAAAAAUAAGUUUAAAAAAGUUGAUGUAACAAAUACAUAUUAUUUUUUUAAGAAUGUAUUAACGUGGGGCUGCAUUGUAAUAUGGCUUUGA